UUGACAUUCACAUUUAUAGGAGUCUAAUGACUCAUCCAUAUUUCUUUCAGAAAUGGAGGGCAGGCGAAUGCGGACCAGGAACAAUCCGAGGGGGCAGGCGCCGGUAACAUCCCAAAGGGGAAGCCGGGCUGCAUCUCGGGGUUCAAGAGGAGGCCGUGGAGGCCGUGGAAGCCGUGGAGGUCAUCAAGCUCAAACUGUGAGUGAUGGCCAUGUAAGCUCGGUGUAUGAAACCAACACCGAGGACUAUGACUCAACCUACGUUCCGGAAACGGAGCAUGAGGAGACCCCGUAUGAUGGUGGUGACACAUACACCGAUGAUGACGACGAAGAGAGUGAUGCCAAGUUCGCUCAAAUGGGCGAAUUGCUUGAGUGGUAUCAAAAAGAAAAGCUGAGGAGAGACCUUAGGCGCCAAGCAAGGCGUGGCUCUCGUGGUGGUUCGGGUCAAGGGAGUCGGGGAGCUUCCGUGGCCACCCCAGCGGCGCCACAAGGUGGGCAUGAAGGAGGUUUUGUAGUAAGAAUCUCCAAAUACCUCAAGGAGGCUAGGGCCUUGGGGUGUAGGUCCUUCGACGGCACCGGCGACAUUACCGCUGCCGCCGAUUGGAUCAAGAAGGUGAAGGAUGCAUCGAGAGACAUGCAGAUUACUCCGGACGUGAAGCUAACUGUCGCUUCACGGCUACUUGAGGGGAUGGCUUCUACAUGGUGGGAAGGUGUAGAAGGGAAAUACCGUGGGGACAUCUCAUGGGAAAAUUUUGAGCAAGAAUUUUAUGCUCAAUACUACUCCGAUUUCGAGGUUAAUGUGAAAAGGAGGGAGUAUACCAACCUCAAGCAGAAAGAGGGUUGCACGGUUAAGCAACUGGAGCAAGAGUUUAGGACCUUGGCUAGGUUCUUGCCGGAGUAUGCGAUCGAUGAGGACCGCAUGACUGAGCACUUCUGGGAUGCCUUACUCUUGGACAUCCGAGAUCGUGCCACGUAUUCCCGCCUCAUGACCUUUAGUGAGGUGGUAGAGCAGGGCAUGCUUGGAGAGGCCCAGUGGAAUGAGAGGAAAGCAAGGGACGCCGAAGAGGUGAAGAAAAGGAAGUGGAAUAAUUCGGGGCCACCCGAUCAUUCUCGAAGGAACAACCACGGGGGUGGUGGUGGUGGCGGUGGCUCAUUCAAGGCGCCGGCUCCACCGGCAAAGAAGAAUAGGGAUGCGAGGUGGCACGGACCUAGGCCACAGAACUCGGGGCCACCUAGAUGUCCCAAUUGCUCAAAACAACACUUUGGGAGGUGCAAUGAACCACCGAGGUGUUUUAAGUGCGGGAAUGCGGGCCAUAUGAAGGCCAAUUGCCCUCAAUUGAUGCAAGAGAGUGCCUCGGGAGCCGGGGGAGGGACCAUGACGGGAAGAAACCGUGCGGGACCGUCAAACGGCGGUACGGGAAGAGGCGGUGCAUCCACAAGCCAUGCCGCAUCCGUCAACCAAGGUGGGACCCAAG